AUGGUCACUAUUAGUCAGUUACAUCAGGAACAGAGAGAACGGUUCCUGGGUACGGCCAGCAUUAGACUGGAGGCAUUGGAUUUCUCCUUAGCUCACGAUAAGAAGUUCCCGGGCAGCGAGCCUGAUUGGGCCAAUGUUGAGAGUCUGGGAGGCCUAUUUCUCAAUGGGCUGGGUUUCGCGCCGCACCAGAUCAGCCAUCAAAUACCAGCACUCAUCGAUCAAGCGCAACUCUCUCUGGCACUGGCGAAUGCAAAUGUUUCGAUUGAGACGCUGAGACGAACGGAUGUCGAAAUAGUAGAACUAGAGUUCACUGCUGGCUCCCCUGUCCGAUGUUUGAGAGGGCAGGAUCGUGUUCUUGCCGCAUUGAGCGUGGCCUCAGAUGCCAAUAAACGCUGGGUCAUCCGCCUCUAUGCAGAAAACCUUAGUCCAGAAGCUAGACGCGAUUUGAUAGAUGAAAGGUCACUGGAGAAAGAACCCAGCGACGCAGAGCACUUCUACUGGACUACACGUUUCUGGCUCGAGCACGACACUUCUCUUACCGUUAGUCAGAACAAGUGGCUGGCACAGCUUUCUCGCAAGUCUAAAGGUAAAGCUGCGAGUGUUGGCCGCUUGUGGAACAACCAUGCGCCGUACAAGAAUAUAGUGAGGGAGUUUGAGAAGAUACCGGCGCUCUUCUGGGGCACACAUCUAGGCAAUAUAGGAAAGUGGAUCGCCAUGCCGAGCGAGAUGAACCUCAAUCAAACAAGACGAAUUGUUGAUUUCUGGCAGCGCGUGUGCGAUUUCAACGAUAGCAUCAAAUCGAGAUUGUCGAUGAAACUACUGGAAGUAGCAAGCGGAAAAGCUCCCGGUGCUGAUGUUCAACACAGAGAAAAUAUCCGGGCAAGAACUAAUGAGAUCCUGGGCAAUUUUGAGGAUCAAGAGAGAAAAGAAAUCUUGAGACGACUGGAAGACAGUACUAAGGAUCGCUUAGUACCCACAUUUGAUAUAUUUCUCAGAAAUCUAGGUUAUCUCAGAGAAGUUCUUAGCUGCUUUUCGCACCUCGUCGGAUCGAAAGUGAAACCAGUGGAUGUCCGAAACGUUCUUUUACACAAUUUUGAGCGACAAUCAUGGUAUCCAUUGCAGAUCUCAAGUAAUGACUGCAGAUGGGUGGAGAUAGGCGGAAUCAACAAUUUCAAGGUCGCCGAUCUGUUCGACGUGGCUUUCAGACAGCUAUGGCUCUUCGCUUUACGGGAGUUUCCAUCUAUAUCGCCGGGCCCGGCCAAAAGCAAAGCAGGGCCACGCUACCACGUCGAAGAGGCCAAAGUGUAUCUCUUCGCUCUUCUCGCCCGAAAACUUGGAUGUCGUACACCACAAAUCGCCGCGAUAUUGGAACGACCGCCAACAAAGCCGCUUACACCGGAAGUGACUCCCGUGGAUACGACAACGGAUGCGUCGACAUAUUCAGAUGCGAACCUCCAUACGCCUUUCAACGCACAGCAUCGUGGAUCAAAAUUCUUCUUUAGUCAGCGGUCACUGUACUUUGACAAUUUUGGCGAUACCUCUGAGUUUGUUGAUCAGUUUCUAUCUGCUGCCGCCUUUUCAAACAUAGCGGAAUUGAUGGACGGCAUUUCCCAACAACAAGAGCAGGGGGAUACCAUGAGAACAGACAUCCAGGAAUUGGCAAAGACCAAAGCCUCGCUAGAGGAAGAAAUUGGCUCGCUGCAGAGCAGCCUCAGUUCAAACAGUCAGAAUCUUCAAGCUCGAGGCGCUCAAUUGGCUGGGAUGAAUCAGCAAAUAUUGCAAAAACAACAGGAGAUUCAUAAUCUUGACAAUGAUAUUGCGAUCAGAAGCCAAAUGAAGUCAAGCAAGAUGAACGACCUGAACUCACUCAAUGAUGCGAUUAGUCGGAAGGAGAAGGAUUUAGCAAGUAUCACGGACAAGACAAACAAGGAGCGAGAGGAGGCUCAGCAGACUACAGAGGCCGAAAAAGCUAAAUUACACGAUCGGGAAGAUGAGAAGAACAAGCUAAAGAAAAAGAUUGACAAAUUGAGAUCACUGAAAACGACGCUUAAUGACGAAGUAACACAGCUCGAUAACGAGAAAACUGAACUUCAGAACAACAUUGCUGUGUUGAAAAUCGAUUCCCAAACCUCGCAAUCGAAUAUAUCUGAGCUGAAGGAAGCAAAGAAUGGCUUGGAAACAGAAAUCCCUGCCUUGAGGAAAGAAGCCGGGGAACUGCAAUCGAAUAUAUCUGAGCUGAAGGAAGCAAAGAAUGGCUUGGAAACAGAAAUCCCUGCCUUGAGGAAAGAAGCCGAGGAACUGAACUGUAUUUAUGAUGAUAAAACAGGUGGGAAAACCGACUGUCUUACUGAGUACAAGGUGUUCAUAGUCACGAUUGGCGAAUUCUACAGACUCCUUCUCAUGAGCGAAAAGGAGCUGACUGCUUUUUUGGGACAUUAUACCGCCAAUAACUACCUGAUUAAGGACGAAAAAGGACAAAUUAUGUAUUACUCGGAUUGCUUUGAUAUUCUUCGCCGUCAGCCUCCAAAAGAGCGUAUAAUCCAGCUUCAUCACUCGGUAAAGAGAGACGGGAGCGGUGAUAUAAAACAUCGUCCCAAGGCAAAACCUCAUCGCAGACAGGACGUCUCAGAUUCUUCCUCGAGUAGCCAGGACGUCCCAGGUGCUUCUUCGAGUACACAGGAAAUCCCAGAUUCUUCUUCGAGUACACAGGAUAUCCCAGAUUCUUCGAAUAAAACGAAACGUCAAAGGGGGGGACCUGAACGUCACGAUGGAGAUGCAACCGAGUGA